GCGCUUCCUUGUGUAAGUUCCGCAGCAGACGAGCAUUAAACUCCGAUUUUACCAGUGAAAAAUGGCAGAUUCCGAGCUCGCGAAAGCUUUAAAGGACCUGCCGAACCGAGUGCUGAAUGUUAGCGUCGAAGAACGACCGGAACUGUUCCGUAAUGUUACCGCUGUGUUGCCCAAUCCCGGGAUCAAUGCCACUAUCGUUCGCGGAAUUUGUAAGGUAAUUGGAACGACUCUGACUAAAUAUAAGGAUCCCGCUUCGCAGGCCUUAGUACGGGACCUAAUUGUAGCCCUGUUAAAGCAGCAUCCUGAUUUGGUUUACGAGCAUAUGAACAAUGUACUAAAAGCGCUGGUGUCAAAGGAUCUGGCCGCUGCUCCACCGCUUAAGGGUGCACAGGCCGCGGUGCUGGCUCUCGGUUGGGCCAAUCUGGUCGCGUUGCAUGGAAACCAUGAGUCAGAUGUCGGCAAGAAGGAGUUUUUGAAGCUAAUCGAGAAUCAAGCUGCGUUGUAUCAGCUGUCCUUGACCUCCGGGAUUCAAAAGAUUUCGGAUAAGGCGUACAGUUUUUUGAAAGAAUUCUUCGCUAAAAAAGAAGACAUAGAGAAAGUUUAUUUUGAAAAACUGUUGGCGCUAGAGCCGUCCAGUUCGGUGGUGCUUUUACUAUCUGUGAUUCUUCGUUACUGCAAGGAAGAGUUCGAUUCCGGCGCUUUACUAGAGCAGAAUAAAGCCAAACUGCUGGAUCGUGUCGUAAAAGGAUUGAUCACCGUUAAGGUCAAGCCUCAUGCCAGUGACAUCUCCGGUUGUGCUCCAGUAUUUAGUGCCAUCGACAAGGAAGAAUUUAAAAGUACCAUUCUACCGGCACUGCAGCGUUCUAUGCUUCGAUCGCCGGAGAUAAUAUUGCGAGCCGUGGGUGCUAUUGUUUGCGAGAUUCAAGCCGACAUUAGUGAUUUCGCAUUGGAUUUGGGUAAAUCGUUGGUACAGAAUUUGGCAUCCAAGGACGAAACCGUGCGACAUGAAGCGGUCGAAUCACUUAAACAGGUGGCCAUGAAAUGUAGCUCUCCGAAGGCAAUCGAGGCGAUGCUGAAAGAGGUGUUUGCCAUACUGAAUGGUUCCGGUGGAAAGAUUACUAUAAUGGAGCUAAGGAUCAACUUGCUGCAGGGUGCAGGAAAUUUAAGUUACAAUCAGAUUAGCUGCAACGACAUACAAGUGCUCAUGCCAACAGUUAUCGAGUAUUUCACUAAGGCACUUGAAACCGAGCUGCAGGAGAAGGCUCUCUGUCAUACACUGGAAAUGUUUGGUCUGUGGUCUAUCAAUGUUCGCGGGGAAAUACCGUCGAAAAUUGUACAAACCUUCAAAAAGGGUUUGGAAGCUAAAUCUCCGGUACUGCGAACCAGUUAUUUACAGUGGUUCCUCGCUUGUUUAGAAAAUGGAUCACUACCGAGUGGAAGUGAUUUUACUUCUGCGCUAUCGAAAAUUGUGGAGAAAGCUGCUCAAAAUCCUACCCAGACACCGAUGGUGUCGGAGGGCGUUGGAGCGGCUUGUAUAAUACUGGCCACCAAUAAUGAAGUCAGCGAUUCACUGAAGGACUUUUGGAACGUUGUGUUAGACAUGAAUAAGCGAACAUUCCUGAGUGAAAAAUUUCUUGCCAACACGGCAACCGAAACGCUUUGCUACGUAAUGUUGUACUGCGAACGAUUACUGUUGAAUCACUAUGAAAGUUUGAAAGGUUCGCCGGAAACUCUAUUCAAAGCAGUAAUCUUUUGUGCAAGUUCGCCUCACAAAAAAGUUCGACGAUAUUGCGUUCCGCGUGUAAAAACAAUUGUCAACAGUGUGAAUGGAGUUUCACUAGCUAAAAGCCUUCUGCAAGAAUUGGUCCGUUUUGUUGAAACCGUACGAAUCCUCAGCGAAGGCGAACAGGAGGAGGGUGUGGUUCCAGCUCAGGCUUUGGUGGACAUUAUACAAACAGUAACCGAGAUCGAUUCGAUUUCCAACGCUGACGCGCAAGCCAUAGCAUUGAAGGCUCUGCUUUGCGCACAUCAUCCGGCAGCGGUAUCCGUAAGGUCCGACCUGUGGGAGUCCAUUUUAAAACGCUACGAAUUGGAUGGAAAAUACUUCAUUUCGAUGAAUUCCACCGCUAUCAAGGAAUCGUUCUUUAACAGUUACAAAGCGACCACAAUGUACGAGAAUACCCUGGCGACGCUGGCUCGUAUAAGCCCGGAAGCGAUUCUUCCGGUUCUGGUGAAAAAUGUGACGGAGCAUUUGAACAAUUCCCGCAUGUCGAAUGUAAGCGAUGAGGAGUACUUUACCUACUUGACACCGGAUGGUGAACUGUACGAUAAGAGUGUUAUACCUAAUUCGGACGAACAAAUGAACACGGCUCAUUUGAAACGUGAAAAUAAAGCUUACAGUUACAAAGAACAGCUGGAAGAGCUACAGUUACGUCGCGAAAUCGAAGAAAAGCGCCGCAAGGAGGGCAAAUCCAAACCGCCACAACUGACACCCAAACAGAAGGAAGCAAUAGAACGGCAAACCGAAAAGGAAAAGGCCAUCAAAGCACGUCUGCGAGAACUGAGCAACAUAAUCGCGACGCUGAUUUCGCAAAUCGAAGGUGCCGCCAAGGGAACUCCCGGGCAGCUGUCGCUCUUUUUCCCGACCCUUCUGCCUGCAAUUCUGCGUGUAUUUGCCUCCCCGCUGGCAGCUCCGGCAAUGGUUAAGCUCUACCUGCGACUGAUGGAGACAUGCUUUGACGGGGACCUGGUCGAGGUCGGACGGGAUUUGGCUAUCGCAACGAUUCGGCUGAGUAAACCGCAUUGUGAUUUGGAGGAAAGCUGGUGCAGUGCCAAUAUUCUGGAACUCGUUAGUGAUAUCCUGGUAGCGCUGUACGAUGAAACUAUCGAUAAGUAUAACGUUCACAUUGGGGAGGAUGAUGCUAAGAGCUAUCUGCUGAAUGCACCGGCGUUCAGUUAUACGUUUGAGUUUUUGAAACGGGCUCUGACGAUGCCGGAUGCGGCCAAGGAUGAAAGUUUGCUGGUCAAUGGUAUACAGAUUAUUGCGUACCAUGCGCAGCUGAAGGGAGACACGGUUGAUGGGCAGGAUUUUGAAGAUUUAUACCAUCCAAGGUAUAUGCCACGGUUGGAAAUGCUGAAGCUGUUGCUAAGGUUAAUCCAACAGCAGCGGGGACGGGUUCAGACGCAGGCAGUGUCAGCUUUGCUGGAUGUGGCUGAAAGUAGUUCGGGAAAAGAAUACACCGCUAAGGCGGAUCAUAGAGAAAUUGAGUGCUUGCUGGUGGCUUUGCAAGACGAGUUGGAAGCGGUCAGAGAUGUUGCGUUGAGAGCGUUGGCUAUUAUGAUUAAAACUCUACCUUCGAUUACUGAUGAUUACGAACUUGGACUGAGGUUGACCAGAAGGCUUUGGGUUGCGAAACACGAUGUGUGUCAGGAUACUAAACAGCUUGCGGAAAAUGUUUGGGUUCAGGGCAACUUUGAAGUGCCGAUUGUGAUGGCCGAUGAACUGAUGAAGGAUAUCAUUCAUCCUGAACCUUGUAUCCAGAAGGCUGCUUCUUACGCUUUGGUUUCUAUUUUAGGUGAAGAUUCCUCGAUUAUCGAUAGUAUUGUGGAGCAGCUGUUGGAGAUUUAUCAAGAUAAACUGACGAUGAUUCCGGCGAAGUUGGAUCAGUUUGACCGAGAGGUGGAACCAGCUAUAGAUCCGUGGGGUCCGCGAAGAGGUGUUGCAAUAGCUCUAAGUCAAGUUGCCCCCUUCUUGACGGCCGAAUUGGUAAACAAUUUGACACAGUUUAUGGUUUCGACUGGUUUGCGCGAUCGUGAAGAAAUUGUUCACAAAGAGAUGCUAGCCGCUUCGUUGGCGAUUGUUGAGCAUCAUGGAAAAGAGAGCGUGUCCUAUUUGUUGCCAACCUUUGAGGAGUUUUUGGAUAAGGCACCAAACAAUAGUGAUUACGAUAACAUUCGCCAGGCGGUGGUGAUUUUGAUGGGUUCCUUGGCUCGCCAUUUGGAUCGCGAUGAUAGUCGUAUUCAGCCGAUUGUAAAUCGUUUAUUGGCAGCUUUGGCGACGCCGUCGCAGCAGGUUCAAGAGUCGGUAGCUAACUGUAUUCCUCAUUUGAUUCCAUCCGUGAAAGAACAGGCACCACAGAUGGUUCGGAAACUUAUGCAACAGCUGGUUAAGUCGGAAAAAUACGGUGUUCGGCGAGGAGCUGCCUAUGGAAUAGCUGGCAUCGUGAAGGGUCUCGGAAUUUUAUCCCUAAAGCAGCUUGACAUUAUGACAAAAUUAACAAAUCACAUUCAAGAUAAGAAAAAUUACAAGUGCCGAGAAGGUGCGCUGUUUGCAUUCGAAAUGCUGUGCUCUACGCUGGGCCGUUUGUUUGAGCCGUACAUCGUGCAUGUUUUGCCCCAUUUGUUGCAGUGUUUUGGAGAUUCUUCGUCCUACGUUCGAGAAGCAGCUGAUGAGUGUGCUAAGACGGUUAUGGCCAAGCUAUCGGCUCAUGGUGUAAAGCUGGUGCUACCUUCUUUGCUUAAUGCCCUGGAUGAAGACUCAUGGCGAACGAAGACCGCAUCUGUUGAGCUGCUCGGAGCAAUGGCUUUCUGCGCUCCGAAACAACUCUCAUCCUGCUUACCAAGCAUCGUACCAAAACUGAUGGAAGUACUGGGCGACUCGCACAUCAAAGUACAGGAAGCUGGUGCUGACGCUUUGAAAGUUAUCGGAAGUGUCAUCAAAAAUCCGGAAAUUCAAGCAAUCGUACCGGUUCUUCUGAAAGCUUUAGAAAACCCCUCAACCAAAACUUCGGCCUGUCUACAAAGUUUGUUAGAGACAAAAUUUGUACAUUUCAUCGAUGCCCCAUCGCUUGCUCUAAUCAUGCCAGUUGUUCAGCGCGCCUUCAUGGAUCGUUCGACGGAAACCCGCAAAAUGGCAGCUCAAAUCAUCGGAAACAUGUACUCACUGACCGAUCAGAAGGAUCUAACACCCUACCUACCGAAUAUUAUCCCAGGAUUGAAGACAUCCCUGCUGGAUCCCGUACCGGAGGUACGUGCCGUUUCGUCUCGCGCUCUGGGAGCCAUGGUCAAGGGUAUGGGCGAGUCUUCAUUCGAAGAUCUGCUACCGUGGUUGAUGCAAACCUUAACGUCCGAGAGCAGCAGCGUUGACCGUUCCGGUGCCGCUCAAGGUUUGUCGGAGGUGGUCGGAGGCUUGGGCGUGGAAAAACUGCACAAACUGAUGCCGGAAAUUAUUGCUACGGCCGAGCGAACGGACAUUGCACCGCACGUUAAGGACGGUUACAUUAUGAUGUUUAUCUACAUGCCAAGUGCUUUCCCGAACGACUUCACGCCGUACAUUGGACAGAUCAUCAAUCCGAUCCUGAAGGCUUUGGCCGAUGAGAAUGAAUACGUCCGGGAUACUGCUUUGAAGGCUGGUCAAAGAAUUGUUAACCUGUAUGCCGAGUCGGCCAUUGCGCUGUUGUUGCCUGAGCUGGAAAAAGGUUUGUUCGACGAUAACUGGCGUAUUCGGUACAGUUCCGUUCAACUGUUGGGAGAUUUGCUGUACAAGAUAUCCGGAGUUUCUGGAAAGAUGACGACGCAGACGGCGUCUGAAGAUGACAACUUUGGAACGGAACAAAGCCACAAAGCUAUUAUCAGGAGUUUGGGUGCUGAACGAAGGAACCGUGUAUUGGCUGGACUGUACAUGGGUCGCAGUGAUGUUUCGCUUAUGGUCCGACAAGCAGCGCUGCAUGUGUGGAAAGUUGUUGUCACAAACACUCCGCGAACACUUCGAGAAAUUCUACCUACUUUGUUCAGUCUUCUGCUGGGUUGUUUGGCCAGCACCAGCUACGAUAAACGCCAGGUUGCGGCUAGAACUUUAGGAGAUUUGGUUCGCAAGUUGGGCGAACGAGUAUUACCCGAAAUCAUUCCGAUUCUGGAACGUGGUUUGAAUUCGGAUCAAGCCGAUCAACGCCAGGGUGUAUGUAUCGGUCUGUCCGAAAUCAUGGCGUCCACCUCUAGAGACAUGGUGCUAACAUUCGUAAAUAGUUUGGUUCCUACUGUACGGAAGGCUUUGGCCGACCCUCUCCCAGAGGUUCGCCAAGCUGCUGCUAAGACGUUUGAUUCCCUCCAUGCAACUGUUGGAUCACGUGCUCUGGACGACAUCCUGCCAUCAAUGUUGGAAAGUCUUUCCGAUCCAGAUCCGGACGUUGCCGAAUGGACGCUUGAUGGUUUACGUCAAGUUAUGGCGAUCAAAUCGCGUGUCGUCCUGCCAUAUUUAGUUCCUCAAUUGACGGCCAACCCAGUCAACACGAAGGCGUUAUCCAUUUUAGCUUCCGUUGCUGGAGAAGCCCUUACAAAAUAUCUUCCUAAGAUAUUGCCAGCUCUGCUGUCUGCCCUGGCCGGUGCUCAAGGCACUCCAGAGGAAGCUCAAGAACUAGAAUACUGCCAGGCAGUCAUCCUCUCGGUAAGCGAUGAGGUAGGCAUUCGCACUAUCAUGGACACCGUUAUGGAAUCAACCAAAUCGGAAAACCCGGAAACAAGAAAAGCAGCCGCCACACUUCUGUGCGCAUUCUGUACACACUCCCCCGGAGAUUACUCUCAAUACGUUCCACAGUUGCUACGUGGACUGCUGCGCUUGCUGGCCGACUCCGAUAGGGACAUUUUGCAACGAGCCUGGGAUGCACUGAAUGCCGUUACCAAAACUCUGGAUUCCGCCGAACAGAUUGCCCACGUCACGGAUGUUCGCCAAGCAGUCAAAUUUGCCAGCAGCGAUCUCAAGGGUACCGAACUUCCCGGCUUCUGUCUACCAAAAGGUAUUACUCCGCUACUGCCCGUUUUCCGCGAAGCCAUUCUCAAUGGUUUGCCGGAAGAGAAGGAAAAUGCUUCGCAAGGUUUGGGCGAAGUUAUUCAGCUAACAUCGGCAUCUUCGCUGCAACCUUCGGUUGUUCACAUUACUGGUCCACUAAUUCGUAUUCUUGGUGAUCGUUUCAAUGCCGGCGUCAAGGCAGCAGUACUCGAAACCCUCGCCAUUCUUCUGCACAAAGUAGGAAUCAUGCUGAAACAAUUCUUACCGCAGCUGCAGACUACAUUCCUGAAGGCCUUGCAUGACCCGAACAGGAUCGUUCGUAUUAAGGCUGGACAUGCUCUAGCGGAGCUAAUCAUCAUUCAUACCAGACCAGAUCCUCUGUUUGUGGAGAUGCACAACGGCGUAAAGAAUGCCGACGACUCGGGAGUACGCGAAACAAUGUUGCAAUCCCUGCGUGGAAUUUUAACCCCUGCCGGUGAUAAGAUGACAGAUCCGUUGAAAAAGCAAAUAUAUGUCACUCUUGCCGCAAUGUUAGGACAUCCGGAAGAUGUAACACGUUCGGCCGCUGCUGGAUGCUUCGGUGCACUAUGCCGAUGGUUAACUCCAGAGCAACUGGAUGAAGCUCUUAAUUCCCAUUUGCUCAAUGAAGACUAUGGCGAUGAUGCGGCAUUACGACAUGGCCGCAUUACAGCUCUCUUUGUUGCUCUCAAAGAAUAUCCUGCGGCAGUCUAUACUGAAAAAUAUGAAGCCAAAAUAUGCAAAACCAUAACAUCAUCGAUAACAACGGAUAAAAUCCCUACCGCCCUAAACGGCGUACGAGCAGCAGGUUACCUUCUUCAACACGGAAUGUGCUCACCAGAAGUCAAACUUCCCCAGCAAAUCAUUGGUCCCUUCGUCAAAUCUAUGAACCACAUCAGCAAUGAGGUGAAACAACUGUUAGCCAAAACCUGCAUCCAUUUGGCCAAAACAGUCCCGGUUGAAAGCACCGCCCCCGAAUACUUACGCUUAGUCAUUCCGAUGCUCGUUAACGGUACCAAGGAGAAGAAUGGUUACGUUAAAUCGAACUCCGAAAUCGCCCUAGUCUAUGUGCUGCGGUUGCGCGAAGGUGAUGAAGUACAUCAGAAGUGUUUGUCCCUUCUGGAGCCCGGUGCGCGGGAAUCGCUCAGCGAAGUAGUCAGCAAGGUUCUACGCAAGGUUGCACUGCAACCGCUGGGCAAAGAAGAAGAAUUAGACGACACGAUUCUCACGUGAUUAGGGUGGCCCUCGCCGGUAAGCAUAGGAAAGCAAACACACCUUCGAACGAACGGUGGCUUUGUCACCAUUUUUUACGCUACCCUAAGACUUGACGUUGCCAACGACGAUUGCCACCACAUUGUGCUAACAAUCAAACUGUUACGUAACCAUUGGCACGCAUGGAAUAAUAAAACCGAAAAUUACUAUGAGAAAAGUAGAUCCACCGUCGAUUCGAUAAUUACAGGAGACAUCAAAAGAAAGUCCUGAUUAGUCUUGAGUGAUCGUAGAUUUUUAGGUUUUUUUCUACGCAGUCCCAGUGUCUAUCAGUAUUGUACGCGUUAUGGCAGCAGCCAUUGUCGACUGACCUACUAUCGCUAUCACCUACUACGUAUUGAUAAUUUUGAUAUCAUUG